AUGGGAGCGCAGACUCUUAACUCCCGCUGGCUCCGCUGUCUUCAGGGGAGUUUGAAAGGGGCCUCUGUUCCCAGAGACGCCGCCUCGUCGCUCCGUGUUGAACUAGCUGUGGCUGGCGGAGAACUCAGCAGCCACGGGGAGGUGACCUGGAAAACGUCGCUGGCAGGAGGCGUUUCUGUCCCUCCAGCAUCUUCCUGGUCCAACGCGGAGCCGGCGGCGGCCGGAGCCCUCGGCGAGCACGGCGGCGCUGCUGCGCUCCUCCGCACUCGGAGCACCCUGCAGCUCAGCCCCGGUGGAACGCCGCUGAAGCAUGGACGCCGAAAGGAAGGGUGGUGUGCUGGGGGCGGGGGUGGGGCAGUUCUGCGUUGGUGGGUGUCUUGUGGGGGACAGUUGGUGUGGGAGGAGAUGGAACUCGGAGUCUCUGUAGGCAAUGUCGUCUCGGACUUGAAGCUGUCAGCAGCUGCUCUGUCUUCGCAGAACUUUCGCUUCCUUUCCAGGUGCUUUAAGUCUAGCUAGUGCGACAGCGAGCCCUGCUUCGGCGUGGAUCCGGGCAGUGGUAGCUCGGUGGUUCGAGAGCCAGUGGGCCGUGAGCGACUGUGCAGGGCCAAAGCUGUUUGCAUCUUGACCUACGAGCUCACGUCUGACAGCCCUCUGAAGCUGCAGAAGAUGCUUGUUCGCCUCCUAGACACCAACGGCAGCUCCUCCCUCUUCCCUGCUGGAGAUGCUCAUCUGCACAUCCGGGAGUUCCUGACCCCAGGAGCCCGGUUCACUCUCCCCAGUGCACAAGAAGCUGAUGAGGGAAGCACCAGGGUGCUAAGGUACAGCCUAAACUCUAGCCAGCACUUUCGCCUGGACAUGGGGUCCCAGGUCGAUGGCAGAAAAUACCCGGAGCUGGUGCUGGAGAAGCUGGAUGGAGAGCAGCGGGACACGCCCCUGCUGGUGCUCACUGCUCAGGACCGCGGCCUGCCUGUACGCUCUGGAGAUGCUCAAGUCACCAUCACUCUGUGGUGGAUGGAAACCAACGACAAUGUGCCUGUAUUUGAGCACUUCGUAUAUAGUACUAAGGUUCCAGAGACUGCACCCAAUGGAACGCUAUUCCGCGUUCAGGCUUCAGAUCUGGGUGAGGGGUCCAGUGGGAACAUCUGGCACUCCUUAAGCAACAGCGCACCAGCAGAGCUAAGGCACCUCUUUCACACACACCCUAAAAGUGGGGAGGUUCAGAAAGCUGCUUCGCUAGGUCCACCGGAAACGUUGUUUGAAGCACAUGUUGAAGCAAGAGUCAAAGGUGCUUUUAGUCUAGCUGGCACUGCUAAGCUGCUUGUCCAGGUGACUGAUGUGAAUGAUCAUGUCCCCCAGAUGGACUUCGUGACUUUCUCCAGCCCAAAUCCUGGUACAGUGAUUGCUCUCCUUAGUGUAAAGGGCGAGGAUCUUGAUUCCAGUGGUAAGUCCAGCAACGGUCCCUUUCGGUUGAAGGCUUCCUUUGACAGCUACUACAAAUUGCUGACUGAUGAGCCCCUGGAUUGGGAGCAAGCAAGUGAAUAUCAGGACCUAAUCACUGCUUCAGAUGGUGGCUCACCCCCACUAAGGACUCGAAGGACGUUCACUGUGUCUGCUACUGAUGUGAACGACAACACACCAAGCUUUCCUCAUCCACAAGAGGAACUUUGUGUGGCUGAAAACAAUAGCCCUGGAUUUUCAUUAGGAUGUGUGUUUACUCAGGGCCCAUAUCUGGGGGAAAAUGGCCUUGUGUUUUAUGAACUGUUGGAUGUCAUCCUUGAAGGGAUGCUAGCUUCCUCCAGCUUGGUGUCAGUGGAACCAACUAGUGGUGUUAUCACUGCCAGAAUUUCCUUUGACUUUGAACAGCUCAGGGGGCUUCACUUCUGAAUGGAAGGCUGAGAUGGUGGCCUUCCUCCCAGAAGUACAACGGUGACUGUGAACCUGUUUGUGGUAGACAGGAAUGACAAUGCACCAAACAUCUUGUUUCCCUUACCUAGAAACGUCUCUAUCCCAGUGGAAAGAGUGCCCCACUCUGCUCGAGCUGGACACCUAGUCACAAAAGUGGCAGCAGAGGAUGCAGACAGUGGUCCCAAUGCCUGGCUCUCCUACAUUUCUUGGGCUUCUGACUCUAGUCUUUUCAGGAUUUCAGUGAAUAUGGGAGAGCUUCGAACUGCGCGUUUAGUUUUUCCCUCGGAUGCGAUUAAACAGAGGGCGGUUGUAGUGGUUCAGGACCACGGAGAGCCACCACUUUCCUCCUCUGUCUCGCUGGGUGUGCUAUUGAGCAAUGCUCCUCAGGUCCUUCCAGACAUCUGGGAGCCAAGAGCACAGCUUUCUGCUGGGAACUUGUAUUUGGUAAUAGCCCUAGUCUGCAUUUCCUUUUUAUUUCUGGGGUGCUCGCUUUUCUUUGUGUAUGUCAAGUUAAGCCAGAGCCCAGAUUGUUGCUCUCAGAACUGCUGUCAUUCUCCAGAAAAUGUGAGACAUGAGAGGACAAUGCCUUCUGGUCCUUGGGUGACAUCAGCCACAACAGAUGUCACUACAGUCGAGAGACUUUCUCAGACAUACCUCUAUCAAACCUCCCAGGGACUUGGUUCUGGUACUAGCAGCUUGCUCUCAGGGAAAUAUAAUGCUGCUGAUCUGAGAAAUCUGGCUACUGGUGUAGGACUGAAUUUGCCAAUAUCCUGUGCUCAGAUUCAGAAUAGGAAAGGGAAUCAUACAAAUGCCAAUGCCCUGGUAAGCACAUUUUGUGGUGUUUGACUCCUCUGAGAAGGAGAUAGCUGCUAGCUAUGUUCUAAGCUGUUUCUUAUAGGAGUCUUCCUUCAGUUUAUAUUUAAUCAUUUGACUACUUCUCACUAUGUCAAGAAUUCUGGGAGUAUACACAGAAUAUUGCUCUAGACGCCAAGGAGCUAAGUUAAUUUUUAUAAAUUAAUUUUAAAGUUUGAUUUUGUUUGUGUGUACAUGUGCGCCUAUGGAUAUCAGAGGGAGCUGUAUUUCUCUUUCUAUCAUGUGGAUUCUGGGUUCUGAACUCCAGUUUCCAAGCACCUUUAUCUUCUGAGCCAUUUCACCAGCUCUCAUAGCUUAUCUCUGAGAAGGAGGGUAAAGCAUUAAAACUUAUUAAAAUCAAUAAGAGUAAUAUGGACUAGAGGUCUAAAAUUAAAGACAGUGAAGGGCUGCAGUAUUUCUUGGGCAACAGACAUGAGACAGGGGCUCAGAUACCUAACACGAAAAACAUGUGAGCCUGCAGAUCACGAGCAAAACGUGGAUGAAGAGAUGCUCUGUGGGGCCUUGGGUAGUAUUUAUCCCUGGCGUACAAAUGGACUUUGAGUUCCCAUCCCACAAUGAGGGAGGCUUUCUUAGCCAGGACUCUUGGGGGAGGACCUAGGCUCUGCGCUGGG